UGAGAAGUGGCGCUGCCCCUCAGCCCCGCUGCGAGCUGCGCAGAACCGGGACACAACUUUGAGUGCGCUCUCUCUCUCAUGUGUUCAGACUUCUUACAUAACUUUGCUCCCAACUUCUUGUGCCGCGCACGUGGAAAAGUUGUCUGCGCGCGCGCGAGAUGUGCGCCGAUUGCCCAACUUCUUGCGCGGAAAAGGAGCCAAUCUGCGGAGUUUCGAACCCGCGCGCGAUGGAGUCGCACGGCGAGCCGGAGACGGGCCGCCACCACCACCGCGGAGGAGCUGUCUGUCGGAGAGGGUGCGGGCUCCUGCUGUCCGGCGAGGACCUCGACGACAAUGGGGAGCACUGUUGCGUGGACGCGCUGCGCACCGCCACCGACGCGCUGGAAGAAAAAAGCGCAACUCUGGAGCACGAAACCCGGAUGGCGAAGCUCAGGUGGAACAGGAGGGAGCAGUCCCUGCUCGCCCGGGUCUCCACUCUGCAGAACGAGGCCCGACUGUCGGCUCUCAGGUACCAACGCAGGCUGCACCAGCACAUGCUGCACAUCAGCAGCAUCGCAGAGCAGGUCACCGGGUACCGCAAGAGAAACGACGUGAGGACCACUGACGCCUCGCAGAGCCAGAUAUCAGACACAGCAACCUGUGCAGAGGGAGCACCUGAGGUGAACGGGAAGGAGUUGUCCAAGUCCAGCCAUGAGGAGACUGUGGAGGCCUUUCGCGUUGCCAAGGACCCCGUCGUGGUGCAGGUCAUCAGGCGGACCCCCGGUGGUCGGCCCCAUGGCCCCCCUCAGGAAAUCCAUGUGGUGGAUGUGUGCACUCAGACCGACAUCACCUUUGAACACAUCAUGGCGCUGGCAAAGCUCCGGCCUUCGACCCCUCCCGUGCCUGACGUCUGUCCCUUCCUGCUCUCCGACAGCUGUCACUCUCUUCAUACAAUGGACCAGGAUUACUAUGAAGGGACGGGCUACCUGUCCCCUGCUCCGGCUGACUGUGAGAGGACAGAGGAGUUUGAGUACGAGGAAGUGGAAUUGUGUCGCCUCAACAGCCAGGAGAAGUUAGGGCUAACUCUGUGCUACAGAACAGAUGAAGAGGAGGAUGUAGCCAUCUACGUCAGUGAGAUCAGUCCAAACAGCAUCGCUGCCAGAGAUGGACGCAUCCGAGAGGGGGAUCGCAUUUUACAGAUUAAUGGCCAAGAUGUACAAGACAGAGAGGAGGCAAUGGCUGCCCUCUCCAAUGACAAUAGUAGGAACAUCGUACUGCUGGUUGCCAGACCUGAGAUGCAGCUGGAGGAGGCCUGGCUGGAUGAUGAGCACAGCGAGUUCCUGGAGCAGCUGAAGAUGGAAAUGUUAGAGGAACAACAGAGAGAGGAGAUGGAAUUGGCUGCCCUACAGGAGAAGCAGGAGAAUGAGCAGAGAGCAGAAGAUGACAAGCCCACCUGCUCCACACUCCCCCAUCAUAAGGACAGCGUGCUGAGUAUAAAAGACCGAAUGGAGAGCUCAGAGCAUAAUGUCCUGGCACACAUCCAGAGACGUUUGUCCCAGUGCCUGAGAGACAAUCGGGACACACACUGUAUCACCGGCUCCACGCGGCUGGAGGACAAAGAGGAUGAGGACGAUGACGAGACGGAGGGUGAUCGUUUCCAGCAGCUCUUGGAGCUGAAGUGUCAGAUACGUAACAGCGGCGAGUACGACCUGUUCUACAGCCGCCGCAGCACCAUUGAGUGCAGCAUUGGGGAGCAGGGCGGCGUCCAGCAUGAGCUACGUAUGCUCAACGAGGAGCUGCGCAGCAUCGAAAUAGAAUGUCAGAACAUCAUGCAGGCCCAUAACCUUCGUAAAGGCCAGCAGUCUCCCUCCACGGGCCACACUGCACCUUCAACCAAAAACCAAAGCCUCCAUCGAAGUGACCCCACACGGGGUAAGCUGGUUGACAUUAAUGGGAGGCUGGAGAAAUCUGACAAGGACAGCUCCAGUGCCUAUAACACGGCGGAAAGUUCACGAAGCACCCCUCUGGCAAUGGACCGCUCCCCGGAGCACUCACUCCAGAGAAUGGUCAGCCUUACCAACCAGAGGAACCUGUGCAGUGGCCUUGCCAGUGGCCCUUCUCUUAGCCCAAGUCCCAUCCCAGCAUGCCGUGCUCCAGUCCCAGGGUUAAGAAGCAGCCCUGACCACAGCAACCCUUCUGAGUCGAACCAGACAACUCAUGCUGAGGAGGAAAGCAGGGGAGAAUUAAAGCCACUUGCCUCCAAUAUUCCUUACUUCUCUCCAUCCCACAGUUCCCAGCAGAGGCAGGUCAACAUCCCAGCACAUGCCCGCCACUACCAGAGCUACAUGCAGCUGAUCCAGCAGCGCUCGGCCGUGGAGUACGCUCAGAGCCAGCUCAGCCUGCUCAGUGUCUGCAAAGAGCCUCAGAGGCCCAUUAAUGAGCCCAAGAUGGAGUGGAAGGUCAAGAUCCGCAGCGACGGCACACGCUACAUCACCAAGAGGCCUGUGAGAGACAAGAUCCUGAGGGAGCGAGCCCUAAAGAUUAAGGAAGAGCGCAGUGGGGGGAUGACGACGGAUGAUGAUGCAAUGAGUGAAAUGAAGAUGGGGAGGUACUGGAGUAAAGAGGAAAGGAAGCAGCACCUGGUAAGAGCGAAAGAACAGAGGAAAAGGCGAGAGUUCAUGCAGCAGAGUCGGCUGGAAAGCUUGAAGGAGAACCCUCAGAGCAGCAGUGAGGGACGCAAGGAAGUCAGCAUUAUAGAGCUGAGUCAGAAGAAGAUGCUGAAGAAACGCAACAAGAAGAUCCUGGACAACUGGAUGACCAUCCAGGAGCUGAUGACUCAUGGUACUAAGGCCCCUGAGGGGGCCAAGGUGCACAACGCCUUCCUAUCAGUCACUACUGUAUAAAAAACACACAUUCUACCCCAUGCGGUAUAAUAUACUUGCCUCGUUCAAUGUGGCGUUUUUAUGAGGACAAUAGGAAUAUUUUUCACACUUUGUAACCCAAAAAGCAUUUUGUAAAGAAUUUAUCAGUGGUGUCAUUGCAUUUUCUUCAUGUUUUUCAGUAUGUUUUUUUUCACAUCACUCUGCCGGAAUAACAGCAUUUUUCUAUGAAAUUAUGACUAUAUAAUUAUUUUAUUACUUCGCUCUAAACAUUUUUAUCUUUUCAAUUCUAUUUUCAUAUUUAUGUUGUAACCAUAUACUCAAAUGGUUGUAUGAGCAUAUUAGGAAAAGUAUUUUCUUUUAUGUAUUGUAUACACUUGCCAAUUGCAACACAAAAUGAAUCAGUGGGUUCUCCUGCCUUUCACUCACUUUUUAAUGCUCCUUACAUUUGCAGAUUACUUAUCUUUUUCAAGCUGAAAUCCAUAACGCUCUCAAUGUUGUCGAGAGGCAGUUCAUAUAAUGUUUCAGACUAUUGGUGCUUAGACGUGGACUAAAAGUUCACUAUUCACAAAGUAUAACAGUUAACCAUACAGAUAACAGAACAUUAUAAUAUAUUACAUUUUGCUUAAAAUAAGGUACAUUCCAGCUUUGAAAAUGGACAAAUAUCGUACAUUCCGAAUCAUAGUACUGUAUAACUUGUUUCCGGUAAAAGAUUGACCAUAACUACAGCAAGAAUGUGUUUAAUCCUGAAAAUGUAAGGAAUUUGAAAUUCAUCCAAUCACCUGAAAGAUAAAACAAACCUGGUGCCUCAUCGUACUGCCAUGUCUCCUUUGGGGGAAAGAAAUACUUGAGGUUUUAGAUUACUGAACAUUGUUAAUGUUAUUAUGAGCAAAAGUUUCUGGAGAUUUUUUAAUUUUUUUUAUUGACAAUUUCUAAAAGCAUCUGUUAA